UUUGGUCCGUACUUUGUCUCCUCAAUGCUGAGAGCACCUUCUCCCCCUGCUCCUGCCCCUGAUGUGGAUGGUGCCGGCUCAUCUGGGAAUGGGAACACAAAUAAGUGUGAGUAGAGAACUGGGACGUAUCUGGUGAGAUCUAGGACAAACUGCGUUGACGAAGACUCUACACCGUACCUGCUUUUCCUUCACAAGCAGAAGGCAACCCAGUAUCCACGAAGGUGACAGUUGCUGUUCAGUGCAGAUAGACCACAGAGCGGUACCAGACUACAGCAGAAUGGCCUGGGGUGAGCCGGCAGGGUACCAGGGCCUCCAGUCUGAGGAGGAACAACUGGAGAUGGUCCUGAGGCUGUCCAUGCAGGAGACAGAGUCUGCUCACACACAGUGCUUGAAGGCUGUCACCAUCCAACUAACCAACCCAUAUAUUGCUGCAAAACGAGCAAACCUGCGUGCAGCCCUGCUGCUGUCUGCGGAGGAGGCUGGGGUUGAGGCUGAGGAGGUGCUGACCACGCCCGAGGAGUCCUUGCCUGGGCUGUCUGACCAGGAGAACAGUGAUGAGGAGGAUAUCGUAGGGGAUAAAGGGAUGGACUUUACAGAGGUGUAUGAGGACACCUGCUCAACAGCUGCAGUUGUUGUGAGGUUAGGGGACACCAACGUCCUGAGGGGGCUCAUCGAGAAUGACAGGGACCUGGAAGUACCUGACAACAGAGGCUGGAGACCCCUCCAUGAGGCGGCCCAUGCAGACCAGCAGGACUGCCUGAAAAUGCUGUUAGAUGCUGGAGUUGAGGUGAAUGUGAGGAACUAUGAAGGAGAGACAGCCCUGUACCUGGCAGCUGAGAAGGGCCAUGUGGACUGUAUGGUGCUGCUACUGGAGGCUGGGGCUGAUCUGGAGAUACCCAAUAAUGAGGAGGCCACGCCUCUACUCAAAGCUGUGGAGGUGGGCAGCAGGGAGGUGGUACAGCUGCUGUUGGACCGUGAUGUCAACGUGAACAGCAAGUUCUGUAAUGGCUGGGCUCCUCUUCACGAGGCAGCAUCCCAGGGACAGGCAGACAUAGUGAGACUGUUGGUGGAACAUGGUGCCCAGCUGGACAUCAGGGAUGAGUACGGCCGGACUGCUGUGUUUGUGGCUGCCCAGUACGGCAAACUGGAAUGUCUCCGCAUACUUCUGGAUGAGUCCAGUGACAACCUUGUGAACACCAGGACAGAAGACGGGGCUUCACCCCUGUACCUAGCUGCUCAGGAGGACCAUCUGGACUGUGUACAGCUGCUUCUACAGAGGGGGGCUGAUGCCAACAUGACAACUGAUGCUGCAGCUUUGCCUGUACAUAUUGCUGCAGAGAAGGGGAACUACAGUGUGUUAGAGCUUCUUGUUCCGGUGACGACCCAAGAAGCUCUGGACCGGUGCGGCAUGAGUCCGAUACACUCUGCCGUGGAGGGUGACCAACCAGAGUGCCUUCAGCUCCUGAUCGACCAUGGCUUUGAUGUCAACCGCCAGCUGUCCUGGACCUACAGCAAGUCAUUUGAGGACAGGAGACAGACCCCUGUGUAUUUUGCUGUGGACAACAACAGUGAGGAGUGUGUGAGGAUACUACUGGAAGCUGGGGCGGACCCCAACCUAGACGAGAUCAACUGUCUCCUCAUGGCCCUGAGGCACAAAAACUUCAACAUCACCAAGAUGCUGAUAGAGCAUGGUGCAGACUGUAACUCCAACUUUGUCAUCAACACAGGGCUGUUCCCCUCCACUAUUGCUUUUGCUUAUGAAGAUGAGCGACUGCUGAAGCUUGUGUUGGACGGAGGGGCACAGGCAGAGACGUGCUUUUUAUGCCACAUUGGAAAUGGCAGACACCCAGUCAAAUGGAUGACAUCCACCAUUAAUGACACCCAGUUCUGUGAAUAUGCCUCUCUUCACUCCAACAAACAGAGAGCAGGGACAAUGGUGCGUCUCCUUCUGGACUAUGUUGGGAACGUCCAACUGUGCUCAGUGCUAAAGGACUGUGUCCAGGACAAAUCAGAAUGGGAAGACAUCCAGAAGAUUUCAGGUAACCCGCGCCCCCUGGUGCACCUGUGUCGCCUGAUGAUCCGCCACACGCUGGCGCAGGGCGGACACCUGUCGGAGAAGGUGCUGAAGCUGCCCCUCCCCCAGGUCAUGACACGGUUCCUCCUGCACAAGGACACAGCUUACAGGCUGUAGGUCCCCAUCCAUCUCACCAGGAGGUACAUAUGUAUGGGGGAAGUACAGGAAUGGACUUGGCACAUGGUACCUUACAGUGUGCCGUUUAGUACUGUAACUCCACAGGACAAGCAGUUAUGUCAGCACACUGCACUUGGUAUGGAGGAAGUGCUAGACUGCCCAGCAGAGAUGGUAGAUUUCAGGGCACCAGUGGCAACUCCACAAGUCAAACUCUUGUGUAGGAGUAGAUGUGCUACACACCUCUCAGCACGCUGUACUUUGGCUGUACGGGGCAGCCACAUACAUGUACAUGUAUGAGUAGGAGAUAUCUCAACACAAUGUGCUUAGUGUGGACUGGUGGUGGACAUGUUAGCUCACCUUACUGACUACAGAGCAACACUUGCUAAGUGCAGUAGACUGCCCACACAACACUUGAAGGGGCUGGUUGUUGGAACUGCUUGAUGUAGACUGGUACCCAUCCACACUGAAGCCUGGUGCAAUGUCUGUUACCAGUGUUGAUGGCACAUGCAUUUGGCAAUGGCCCACGGCUGCUAAUGGUUAGCCAUGCAGGUUAUGAUAGACUCUUGAACAUGUGUUGAAGGUCAAGAGAGGUUGACACAUGGAGAAUGAGUACUGUGAGAAAUGUUUUCUUUAAUAUGGUACAAACUUUAGCAAAGUUUAAAAGCUGUGGCAUGAAUAUGUUUCUGUAUAUACAUCUGUUUCAUUUAAUGGUACACAAUAUUAAACUGUUGCACAGCAUAUGUAUGUAUAUUUAAGAAUAGAUUUCAUUGACUUGGUGUACUUACAUGUGGCUUGAUAGUGAUAUUGUUUCAUAUAUACUUGAAACUACACAUGCUUUGUAUCUAUUCUGCAGUAAAGAGAACUGAUAAACUAAGAAAUUGAAAUGUUGUGUUACUAGUAGUUAUUUCAGUACGGUUUGAUAAACAUUAAAUUUAGCUUGUAAGAGAGCAGUGAUUAUUUGCAUGUAAUUAAUACAGACUUGUGUAUUUCAAGCACUGAAAGGAUAUACCGAUAGCAAAAAUGGUCACCAGAACGGUUUUCACUUUGGAGCGGGUAUGAGCUAGGCAUGCCAUGGUUAGUCUAAGACUGAAAAAAAAUGGCCAAAUGGUCAUUAUGCCUUAUAGUGGCUGUAUUUUGCACAGAAGAUUUUUAUGACUUUAAUUCAUAAAGUUGACAUGGAACAGUCAGUUGGUCAUGGUGUGAAAACUUAAGGCUGCCAGAUGGACUUGAGCAUUGGAUCUUUAUAUAGCAAAUUGAGACAUGUAGACAGAUGAAAUGUGCCAAGACAGGUUUUGUGAAGCCCAAAUAUUCUCAUAUAUUUCCAUGAGAGUCGCAGAGAGUAUAUACUGUACUGUAUAUAUAUAUGCAUAUUGGCAGAGUUUCAUAGAUUCAUCUUAUUGUUAGAACAUUAGAUGGAAGCAUACAUUGUAAGCACACACUGGAUUGUGUUACUAGAUUGUAUUUAUUGUUUCAGCUCAAUAAAUGAUGCAAUGUAUGAUA